AUGAGCAGCAAUUUUGACACUGACCAAGCUUUGGAAGUCAUGAAAUGAUUAAAAGGCGAAGAUGAUGGAGUCCAGAGAUAUAGAGGAAUGCCUUUUGCGAAUACAGAAUGAUUUAUCAUUGACAAUGUUUGGCUGAAAAAGUGAAAAAAGCUAGCAGGGUUUUUACAGGAAGAUUUAGAUGUCCAAAGUCUUGGGGAAAUCGAUAACUCUGAUUUAAUUGAUAAUAGUGAUGACGUAUGAAAGGAAAGAGAUGAGGUUGUGCUAAAAAAUACUCUAGCUUUAGCAAUUGACUAUGAAAUUAUACCUAGAAAGGCAUGAAAAUAUUUUUCUGAGAAAUACGGUUGUAAAGACGGAUCAGAAAUCUCCAGAAAAAGCAUAGAAAUCUCAGGCUCUGAAACGCAAGUUGAAGUUAAGUAUAAGCCUAUUAAAACUAUAGUUUGAAGAGGAAAUAAUUGGGAAACUGAUAAUCCAGUAACUAUAUUUAUUUCAAGAAAAGCAUGAAUCAGGGACUUUAGGCACAAAUUCCGAAGAAUCAUGAGGGAAAAAAUCCAGUCACUUAUAGACGACGAUGAUAUGAAAAUUUGGAAACUCGACCCUACCGUUUCCCUCGCCGAUCUCAAAAAUCUUGCCAAAGCCGAUCAUCUGCCUAUCAAAUUCCCAGGAAAAUCUCUCGACACAAACGAAGUUAUCGAAGAAUCAGAAAUUGCUGACGAAGACAUUAUACUGAUAGAAGUCAGAAAAUUUAGCCUUGAAUGGACAUUUGCCAAAGAAACCCCAGCUAAAAGAUGCGAAAGCUGCAGAACAGAAAUAUCGUCAUGGGUAGAAUGCAUCAGCAUUAACAUUGUUGGAGAUUUUAACGUAUUUCUCUGAUUCGCAGGGUGAUUUAACAAAGCCACAAGAGCUCAUCCCAGUAGACUCCAACUGGUGACGUCACCGGGCAUUUCCGACGUACCAUUUUUAUCGGGUCGUGGACCAUCCUAAGUAAGUGACGGCCAAUUGAAGGCCAGAUCUCACAGGCUGUGUUGCCUUGCUUAAAACUUGACUCCUGCGCGUUAUGCCGCUUAUGGUCUCCCUUCUCAGGAGUGUUAAGCAGUAAAACCCUAUGUCCACCAAGCAUCCAAGGAUCAGGCCAGGAGACUUUCACUCCCCGUUGCUUGCCUGAUAUUGCUGGAUGAGGGUCCCACCGGGAAAAUUGAAUCCUAUAAUAAUAAAAUUGGCCAAAAUAGCGAAAAUUCUUCAGAGAAGAAUUUCCUCGACGCCAUUUCAUUAUUUCAUGGGUAGAAUGCAAAUGUAAAAAAUUUUUAUAUUGCAAUGAAGAAUGUAAGAAACGAGACUCAAAAUUCCAUUGGUGUGAUGGAGCUAUCAGCAAUAAUCAAUAUUCUUAUCAAAGCCAAAACAAUAACUAUUACUCUUCUUAUAGCUCAAAUCCUUAUUCUAGCAGUCCUUAUAGAUAUAAUCAGCCUGAACAAAAAGUUUUAGCAAGGACUAGUUCUAGCAAGCUUGGGAUCGUCGGACUGCAGAAUUUAGGGAAUACGUGCUUUAUGAACUCAGGGCUCCAAUGUGUCUCCAAUACAUAUGUUUUGACUGAACAUUUAUUAUCUGAUAAAUAUCUGAAUGAAAUUAAUAGAUCAAAUCCUAUGGGAACUGGAGGAGCGCUAGUCCAAGAUUAUGCAGCUCUAGUUAAAGAUAUGUGAUAUGGGAGCAGCAGCUCUGUGUCUCCAUGAAAUUUUAAGCGAGCUCUUGGCAGGUUUGCGCCCCAGUUUUCAGGCUUUAAUCAGCAUGACUCUCAAGAAAUGGUAUCAUUUCUACUAGAUGGGAUUCACGAAGACCUAAAUCUUGUCAAAGCGAAGCCUUAUGUAAGUGAACUUAAAACUGCUGAACUCUCAGAAACUGAAAUUGCAAAUCUAUUUUGGUCUAACCACAUCUCAAGAAACCAAAGUAUCAUAGUUGAUCACAUGCACGGCCAAUAUCGUUCUGAAGUAGAAUGCCCUGACUGCUUCAAAAAAUCGCUUGCUUUUGACCCAUUCCUUAUGCUGACCCUACCAAUCCCAUCUAAUCAACAGACCUCUCUAGAUCUUGUUUUUAUCCCUUAUAACUCCCAAUCUGCAAUUAAAAUCAGAAUUCAAGUCAAAGAAAAUGCUUAUUUCAAAGAAGUUAAGCACGAAGUCUCCAGAUUGCUAUCAAUUAAUCCUAAUUGUAUAGUUCUUGCUGAAUUAUCACAUGGGUAUAAUAUUGAAAGAUUUAUUGAUGAUGACGAAAGAGUGCUAAAAAAUGCCCAGCCAUAUGCAUAUCAGACACCUGAAAUUACAAAUGAUGACUGUGUAGUACAAAUUAGCUUUAUUAAAGAGACCAGGUAUUUGUUUUCAUCGAGUUCUCCAGCAGGAUUUCAGAGGUUUAUUGUACUUAAUAAAAAUUCGACUAUAGAAAAUCUACAUCAUGCGAUUUUUGAGUUUGUGGCGAAUAUAGGGAAUAUUGAGCUUUAUCCGAAUUUGCGUGAAAAAUUUAAUCAGAGUAUGCCUUCAUUGAUAGGUGGAAGGGAUUCUGAUAUAUUUUCGUUGAAAUUGAUAAACCCAUACCAAAAGAAAAAUUAUUAUGGCAAAGUCAAGCAAUGUCCUUAUUGUUUGCAAACAAAGUGCAAUAGCUGUCCUUUACCCUAUACAGAAGAACCUUUAAUUAAUUAUUUUGAAAAAUCAAAUGAAAAAAUACUCAAGGUCGAGGUCACAUUUUCUAAAAAUAUUGGUUUUUCUUUAAUAACCUUAAGCUCAAUCGAAACUCAUGUAUCCUGCCAAGAAAAUAUCAAGCCAAGAUCCACUCGUGUUACUCUUUAUGACUGUCUCCACCAAUUUUCACAGCCAGAAAAGCUUGACCAAGACAACACUACAUAUUGCUCCAAAUGUGAAGGCCAUAAAAGAGGCCUUACUCCCCUCCAUUAGCGAACAGAAUCAUUGGAAAAAUCCCUAUUUUUUUGAGUAAAAGCCCACCCUCAAAAUUUUUUAAUAUAAAAAUUUUUUAUGACAAAAAAUUUGAUGUAUAAGUGAUAAUUAGUAUAAUGAAAUCUCUAGCUAAUUCUGGUUAAUUUUAAACAGCUUGCAUUUUAAAACAUAAAUUUUGCAAAUUAAAUUAAUUUUACUUCUCAAUUUUUAUACAAACUCAAAUAUUUAGAUUUUUAAUAAAAAAAAUUUACGAUAAAGUUUAUAUGAGCGAACAAAAUAUUUUUUGCUCGCUCACGAGGGGGAGUUAAAAAAAUGGAUAUUUAUAAGCUGCCAAAUAUUUUGAUAAUUCACCUGAAGCGAUUCAAGCAUUCUCAAUAUUCUUAUAACUCAAAAAACGACAAGCUAGUUGAAUUCCCAGUAGAAGGGCUUGACAUGGGGAGAUUUUCUAUAACUAGAGGAGACUGAAUAUAUGAUCUUUAUGCAAUUUCUAAUCAUUAUGGAUCUUUGGAUGGAGGUCACUAUACCGCCUAUGCGAAAAACCAUGAAAAUGGCCGAUGGUAUGAAUUUGACGACUCCCAUGUAUCUCCUAUAUCAGAGCCUGUCGAAAACACUCUUAUAAAAUCAUCUGCAUAUGUGCUGUUUUAUAAGAAAAGAUAG